AUGAAUUCUCCAAGAGCAGAAACCCUUGAUUAAGAAUUGAGUGAAGCAAUUAAUAAAAUAUAUAAUGGUUGCUAGAAAAUCAAUGCAAAACAUCUAAAGAUAAGAAUUUUGUAAUGGUUGGAUAAAGUGAGAACUCCAACACAUAAUUUUAUUUGGAAAUAGAAUUCUUUACUUUAUGCACGUGUUCUUUUAGAAAUGACUCUAGAACAACAAUUAGAUAAGCCAUUUCGAGGUGUCCCUCCAGAUGGUCCAUUACCACGUUUGGAUAAAUUUGAUGUCGUAAUAUGAUCAAUCUUAUUCCAAAAGCCUUAACAUAUAUGGUAGAAAAUCAAAUAAAUAUCUAACCAAUAGCCUAUGUCCCCUAGAAAACCUUUAGGCACGCUUACCAAUAGAAAUUUUACUCCAAAAUUAAAAACUGAACCAAUUCAAUACAAAUCUAAUAAAUUCCAUAAUAGCUAAAAGUCUUAAAAAUGGGAUUAGAUCAAAGAAACACUAGAAGGAGCAAAUAAAAACAUGAGAGAAUUUAAGUUAUUCUUAGAAAACAUCUAAAAUGAAAAACUAUUGAUGUGA